CAAUUCUAAAACCUCUUUAUAGGGAAAAGAUUCGUCAAAUCGCACAGGUGACUUGAAGCGAGAAGCAUCAGCGCCGAUACACAGACUCAACCAUGAAGCUUCUACUUGUUCUGGCUUUUGUGGCAUUGGCCUACGGAGAAAAGCGGUUAACAUGCACGUCUUUCUCGGACAGCCUGAUUGAGAAGAUGAAUGAACAGAUCAACCUGGAACUGCACGCCAGUUACCUGUACCACGCAUACGCCCGGUACUUUGGCCGUGAUGAUGUGGCUCUGAGCGGAUUUGCGGACUUCUUCAAGCACGCCUCAUCUGAGGAGAGGGAUCACGCGGACAAAAUGAUGGAGUAUAUGAACACCCGCGGCUGCCGAUUCCUGCUCAAGGACAUCACCAUUUCAGACGUUUGCGACAAGAUCAACGACAAGAAGACCCCAGAACUCGCUAGCGCAUGCAUUUGUGAAUUUACUGCUGCAGCCAAUGGUGGUAACCCCUCCUCCUGUUUCGAUGAGCGCACAGAAUGGUUCAACGGCAAAUACGCCAUUGAGAACGCUUUGACCAUUGAGCAUCACGUGAACGAUGAGCUGUUGAAACUUCACCGCUCUGCCAACGAUGUGCAUCUCCAAAAGUUCCUGGAAGAUCAUUAUCUUGAUGAACAGGUGUAUGCCAUCAAGGAACUGUCUGAUUACGUCAGAAUCCUCAAGAGAACCGGAAGUGGUCUUGGAGAGUACAUGUUCGACAAGGAUCUGGACUCCAAAUACUAGAGAAUUCCACCCAUAUGGCCAAAACCAAACAUGGACGCAAAGGCGUGUUGAAGGGCCAGUCCUGAUGGCUGGUAGACGAACGUUAAGAUGGGUUCCCUGUUACUAUAUCAUCAUCACAAGGGGCUGAUGGUUCGAAUCUGCAAUUGGAAGAGGUCGUUACUUG